AUGGAUGCUGGGGACCCACUCCAGAUUCGGUACAACAUGCAGUUCUCAGAGCUGGUACAGUUGACCCUGAUUUACAUCGGGAUCACUGCCAUCGGGCAGAUCGUGGCCAUCCCGGUGUCGUGGCUUAUGUUCCCGCGUUCUCGAAAUAUGAAACAACGUGGUGAACCAGGAGGUGAUUUAUGGGCAGCUGAUGCAAUUUGCUUGCUCCUCUUCAGUUUCUCUUUGCUUCCCAGUGCCUUCGGUUCCAUUGCCAUCUUAUCUACGAGUGUUGAUGCACGUUGGAAUGGUACCUGUUGGUCGUCAAUCCACGGAUGCCUUCUUUUAUGCACCCGACUGUUUGUCCACAUUCCCUUCCUCUUCUGGAAGGGUUUGAAUGCAUCCCGGAAGAGGAUCCUUGUGCACCACGUUAUGGUGAUCCUCGUCUAUGGUACGGGUUUGCUCAAGGGCAGCAUGCACUUUUGGGGUGCCGCAGCAGGUCUCUGUGAGUUUUCCAACAUGUUCCUUGCCAACAUUGAGCUUGUGAAGUGUUGCUCGACAGUGCAUCAGAAUCAGAUCAAACAAAGUGUCCUGUACAAGUUGAACUCGGCACUCUUGAGUCUUGCAUACAUUUGCUGCCGCUUAGUGCUCUUCCCAGCAGUGCUAGCAGCACUUCUCACAGAUGCAUACACACAUCCCGAGCUCACAGUUCGAAGCAGCAUGGUUGAGUGGGUCAUGAUGCCCAUGUCAAUCUGCUGUGUGUGGGCAAUGUCGGCCUUUGAGUUCCGCAAUAUCUUUGAGGGCACUUUCAAGGCCCUGGACUUGGAUGUGAAGAAUGCCUCAAGCUGCUUGCAGCUGGAGAUUUGGUUGGCCAUUUUGGGCCUCCUUGUAGGGCAUUGCCUUUUUUGA